CCCAGGCUCGCUGCGCGGAUCCGCGGAUGAUUUGUGUGCAAUCACGUGAUCAGGACGUCAGGACAACGAUCGACAGACGACACUUUGGAAAUGCUGCGCACCAAAGUAGAAGAGAAGCACAAGGAGUGGUACGAAGCUGUGCAGAAGGUUGCUGAUGAUGCUGGCAUCGAGUUGAAGGCACCUCGCGCAUGUGGGAGAUCAGUCCAUCGGGCCAACCCUACCGUACCAGGUGCAUCAGCAGAGGACCACUUCCGCAUCACCAUCACCACGCCUUUACUUGAUUGCCUUCUUCAAGAACUCCACGCUCGCUUCUCCGAUGCCCAGAGCGCAGCAGCGUCUGGUCUUGUGGCAGUCCCAGCUGUCAUGAAGAAGACAACAGAUUGGAAGGCCUCCCUGAAACGCUUCAUCGACCAGUACAGCGAAGACAUGCCAGCACCUUCAUCUAUUACGUCCGAGCUCGACAACUGGUGGGUGAAGUGGAGCCGCGUGGGUGAAGACUCUCUGCCCUCCACUGUUCAAGCCGCACUCCAACAGUGUUGCAAGCACACUUUCCCCAACAUCUUCGCCACACUAGCCAUUCUAGCUGUGAUGCCGAUCACGUCUUGCGAGUGUGAGCGAAGCGUGUCGGCCCUGCGGCUCCUUAAGACCUACCUCAGGAGUACAAUGGGACAGAGUAGACUAACCGGGCUAGCUCUACUCCACAUCCGCUACGACUUGGCUGUUGAUGUCACUGACAUCGUCGACAUGUUCGCCCUCAAGCACCCACGGAAGAUGAGGAUGACCAACAUUCUCCAGGAUGCGGAGUGAGGAAUGGAACAGCCGCCCUGAAUUCUGACUAGAGUUGACAUUGUGUAUAUAGCAUGUACAUAGCAUAAUCUGUGUCUGACUGAGAAUCAUACCGGUAACAGUCGUAAAUUACUU